UUUCUUUUUAUAGAAAGUCAAAUCACAAAAGUUACAGUUUUUUGUUUGGUUUGUUUUUUAUUUUUUGAAUAUUGCAUGAAUAACUCCAUUAUCUUUUGUAUUCACUUCUGCAUUUUAUUUUUUGGUUGAAGGGGGUGCUUUUAGUAUUGUGGUAUUUGUAUUCAUCACUGUUUCAAUCAUGUAAGUUAAAAUAAAAAUUAUUUUUGAAUUAUUAGUCUCAUCUACAGUCUGCUUUAUUUUUUUCACAUGCCUCUGAGUUGGUAUAGACACAACACACUACACCUCAUUCUUAACUUGAAUUAAUUCUUAUCUUGAAAUUCCUUCAUCUAUAAAUGAGAAUAAUAUUUACUUCUCUGAUUUUCUGUAAAGCUAAUUGGAGGAAAAGGAGACUGCGCUCCUUGUAAAAAGCACAUUUGCAUGUGUUCCUGGCCCAAAUCUCCAGCACACAGUGCUUCCUAAUUUGUGUAUUCCAUUCUAUUGUGUUGCUAAGUGAUGCAUUCCAGAGUUCUUGACUGUUCUGUUACUGCCAAGUGGUGUAACUGUAGCAGCAUUGGCCUUUUUUACACAAUGGCCAACACCCGUGUUUGUUGUGUGCAAUUUUGGACUCAGAUUUAUCAGUAUUUCGUGGGGCUGUAUCAGUGCCUCCAGAGAUUCUGGAGUGUCGAUGUUAAGGGCCUUUUCCUUAAGAAAGAGGAAGAACAUAUCCCUCCAGCUGAGAGUAUUUUUCAUCAAGAAAAAAUUGUGGUACUUGGCCAUAUGUUGAAGAACAAAUCUCUAGCCAUUGACAAGAGGGCUGAAGCCGCCUAUAGAAUCGGACUGUUGUCCUUCACAGGAGGACCAACUGCUGGGAAAUUUGCAGCUAAGUACAUGAAAGAAGUAGCUCACUUGCUGCAAAAUCACAAUAUGGCACCAAAAAUUAAAAUCCUGCUGCUCCAGAGUGUAGCAUGUUGGUGUUACUUGAACCCUGUCAACCAGAAAAGAGCCAAACAUCUGCAGUUUAUUCCCAUUCUCACUGGUAUUUUUGACAACAGACUUGAGUCUACCAUCAAAAGUGAAAUCAACAACAACCUCCUGGUUAAGUUUUGGACUUGCUACGUCCUCUCUGUCAUGGCAUGCAAUAACUUGUCUUGCAUGCAGGAGCUUAAAGACUGCAGCACUCUAAAAUGCCAUCUGCAGAUGUUGGCUAGUGAGAAUUGGUCUGGAUGGCCUGAGAAUUUUGCCGAGGUACUAUAUUUCCUAAUUGGUUUUCACAGGAAUUAACUUCUCUAAAUCCAGUUCCAUGACACAGCUGUCCGCACCACUGGAAAAUGGAAAUAAAUAAUAAAAGUCAAUAUAUUAUUCUUCAGUGUUUUCUUUUAGGUAGUUGAAAACUUCCAUAUAAAUUUCCAGUUAACGCAAUAACCAAACUUAUGAAAAGCACUGCUGUUUAAAAUUACCUCAUGAAAAUUAAGUUUAUAAAAUGGGAAUUCAUGGGAAUAUAUAUUACUUAUAGAACUAUGAGGAGCAAUGGUACAUUUGGAGUUAUUAGAUGACAUUAAGCCAACACACCCCAAAAUGCCAAAUCCUAAUCCAACCUGUUGUAGUAGACACUGACUGGUGCCCCACUUGUAUCCUUUCAGCCCUAUUUCAAUGACGGUCUUCCAGCUGCCAUGUUUUGGGGGUGAGGUGGUUUUCUGACUACCAGAACAUGGUAUCAUCUAUUGCAAAUCAGUCCAACAUUUGUUGACAUGUGAUAUCUAAUUGAAAAUCACACUCAUCUAAAUUUUUCCAAAUUCUUCAUCAGCUAGUUAGUUCCCAGGUGAUAGAAACUUAACAUCCAUCACCCCAAGUUUCCUCUUAAAAUCCAUCCCCAAAACCACCCACAAGAUCCCUAGGCAUCUACUGUUUUCUCAAACUACAGUUUGAAGUUUUACUUAAAACAGAAGCAUAUGGUAGGUACUCUUACCUGGUUUCUCACUCAACAUCAUUGAGACUUACCCAGGUUGUGUACACCAAUUGUUACUUUUUUAUUGCUGAGCAGUAUUCCAAUGUAUGGAUAUGCCACAAUUCAUUGAUUCGUUCACUUGCUGAUGAACAUUUUGGCUAUUACAAAUAAAACUGAAAAUUGCGGACUAGUCUUCACGUGGACAUAUGCUUUCAUUUCUUAAGUACCUAGGAGUGGAAUGACUGGGUCAUAUGGAAUGUAUGUUAACUUUUAAGAAAUUGCCAAACAUUUCCAUAGCAUCUAUAGUAUUUGACACUACCACCAGCACUGCAGGAGUACCCACUGCUUCAUAUCCUUGACACCAGGUAUGCUCACGUUUUUGUUUUUCAAACUUUAGCCAUUCCAAAAGGUAAACAGUAUCUCACUGUAGGUUUAAUUUGAACUUUCCUAAUGACUGCUGAUGUUGACAUCUUUUCAUGUGCUUAUUUGCUGUAUAUAUUCUUUGGUGAAGUGUCCAAACCUUUCCCCAAUUUAAAAAAUAAGGUUGUCUAAUUACUGAGUUGUAAGAACUCUUUACAGAUACAAAUCCUUUGUUGAAUGUUUUGCAAAUAUUUUCUCCCAGCCUGUGCCUUGUCUCUUCAUUAGUCUUUCAAAAAAAAGUUUUUGACUUUCAUGAAGCCCAAUUUACUAAUAUACCUCAUGCUGUUUGUGUCCUGUUUGAUAAAUCUUUGCCAAAUCCAAGGUCACUAAGAUUUUUUUCCUAUAUUUUCUUCUAGAAGAUUAGUUUUAACUCUUAAAUUUUAAAAUUCUCUUCAAUUCCUCCCCUUUUUUGCUCUCUACCACACAAAUCCUGUCAUCCAUUUUUGUCAUUUUCCAGAAAUACUAUUUGCCAAGUUAUCCUAUUCUACUUGGCUCUUCUCAUUUUAACAGCCUCUCAGCUGAUUUCCCUCUCCCCCAACCCAGAUUCUUUAAAAAAAAAUUUUUAUUAUAGUGAAAAAAUAUAUAUAUAAAAUUUAGCUCUUCUUUAAUUCUAUCUUUAGGCUAGUGGCCAAUAUCUAGAGCUGCACUGUGUAAUACAGUAGCCACUAACCUCAUGUGGCUACUUAAAUAUAAACUAAAAUUUCAGUUCCUCAUUCACAUUUCAAUGCUCAACAGCCAUGUACAGCUAACUGGUUAUCAUACUGUACAGCACAUAUAUUUCCAACAUCUCAGAAAGUUUUAUUGAACAAUGUUGCUAUAGAUUAACAAUAGCUUCUUUUAAGCAUUUAGUUCAGGCACUGUAGUAAAGGUUUUAAUCCUCACAAUAACAGAGGUAGACUUUAUGUCAAUAUUAGAAAUAAGAAAAAGCUAUAAGGACAAGUAACUUGCCUAACGUAAUCCUUUAAUAUUUUGGUUUUUAGUGUCAAUUUAUACAAAGGUUCUUGUAUGCUUCUCACAGAACAUAUUCAAUCCCAAUGCUGUCUAGUUUGCAAUUUCCCUUUGGCCUUCUUCUUCCUUCAGAACAGUACAUAUGGGAAACCCCUAAUUAAUUUCGCCCUUCUCUUACUUCUUAGUCACACACACACACACACACACACACACACACACACACACACACACUUUGUAGUAUACCAAAUAUGACAUGUGUGAACAGAAAGUUUCAGAACCCUCAGUUAUUCCUGAAACUCUUUUAACUGAACUUUUACCUGCCCCCCACUUUGCUUCCUAGAGAACUAUCACCAUCACUCACCAUUUUAAGCUUCCAAGAAGAAUCUGACCAUACCAGCCAGUUGAGCUUUGAUGUGGCUAAUCAAUUCACUUGGAAGUUUUUGAAACUAGAUUCUCACACUCCAUUACUAAAACUACUCAGGAAGAGUACCUGGUCAUGGGGGUCUGGAAAUUAAGUGCCCACAAUGAGCUUGAGGUACAACCAGAUUUGGGAGUAAAAACUCAACUAUUUCAGUCUAAAGAAGGAUAAAUUCAU